GCCACGCUUAAACCUUUCCUGAUACACCAUAUCCUCCCCUCCUCCGCCCUCGCUCGCUCGAUCAGUCGUCACUUGCUGCAACGAAUCUGUUCUUUUUCUUCUCUAUUAACAACAACACUAAGAUCGAAAAUUUUCAAUUGCAGAAAUGGCGGCAGCUCUCGCUUCCAGAUUAUCCCGAGGAGGACGCUCGUUGCUUAGAGGUCUUAACAAUGGUGGUUUGAUGAAUACUUCUUUUAAUGGAAUGAUGAAUGAAACUAUCCUCUCUCAGCAGCAACAGCGCAGGACAUUCAUUCAAAUGGGAACAGUUCUCAAAGUAGUGGACAAUUCGGGUGCUAAGAAAGUGAAGUGUAUUCAAGCUCUAAAGGGGAAAAAGGGAGCUCGACUUGGCGAUACCAUAGUUGCUUCGGUGCAAGAAGCUAUGCCAAACGGUAAAGUGAAGAAAGGAGCGGUUGUUUACGGUGUGGUUGUGCGUGCUGCGAUGCAGAGAGGUCGUGUUGAUGGAAGCGAAGUUAGGUUUGAUGAUAACGCUGUUGUUCUUGUCGACAGUAAAGACAAGAAGACCAAAACCGAUCGCCAGCCGAUUGGUACUAGAGUGUUUGGUCCUGUUCCGCAUGAGCUUCGCAAGAAGAAACAUCUCAAGAUUCUUGCUUUGGCUCAACACAUUGCUUGAGACGCAACACUCAUAAUGUCUUUUUUUUUUUUUUUUUAUGGUGCUCUUCAGUCAAACUCUAGUGUUACCUCCUAAGGAAUUAAGCUGCUUUACACUUUAAAAAGUCCCCAAGGUUUAUAGGCCUUUGUGCUUUGGAUUUUUUUUU